UCUGCAGGUAUUUUCAGCGUGGCAGUAGAUGAGAACCCAUUUAUGAAUGCGAGCUGAUAAAGGGGGAUUUUGAUACCUCGCUAUGGAUGAGUUGCCCUAGCGAUCAGAGAUGUUACAUUUGUUGGAAGUUCAGCUGUCAGUAUGGCACCCGUUGUAAGUUUCUUCACACCACGCCACAGCAAAGUCAGAGCAAUCCUUUUGGAUCUAGUCGUUCUCCAAAUCCACAGCCAAACCCUUUUGGUUUUGGUGCUCAAACUAGUCGUACUCCAAAUCAGCAACCAAAUCCGCAGCCAAACCCUUUUGGUUUUGGUGUUCAGAGCAAUGCACACUCAAGAGGGGGUGAUGGCUUUGUAUCCAAACCAAAUCAAGUCAAGCCAUUUGAUAAUAAGUGGAGUCGUUUUUCCAACGUAAACAAUAGCAGUGCUCCUGCUUCGAGGCAAGCUAAUAAUCAGCCUUCAACUGCUAAUCAUACGUGCAACCCCACUGAUAUCGAGUCCUGCAAACGGGCGAUACUGGAAGAUCUCGAAAAUGAGAAACCCCUAUGGAAACUUACCUGUUAUGGUCACAUGCGAAAUGGUUCCUGUGACAUUGUCGGUGACAUCAGCUAUGAUGAGUUGCGUGCAUUAGCAUAUGAUGAUGCCAAACAUGGAAAAGACAUAGCGUCCAUUGUUGAGAGAGAGAGGAAUUUGCUCAACUCCAAGUUACUUGAGUUUCAGAAACUUGCACAAAAUCCUUACCCAGUGUCUUCAGCUCCUACUCCGAGUUCUCAAAAUAUGUUUGGUGGAGGCAGUACAAUUGCUCCAGUCGUGAACAAUGGUUUUUCUUCUCAGGUGUCAAGCUUUAGUCAAUUGAGUGGAUCAUCAAACACAAGGUCUGCAGCUGCACCUAAUUUUAGCUUUGGUCAACCAAACGCAUUCCAGAACAAUACUCAGCCGUCUAGUUUUCAAACAAACAAUUCACCUUUCAACACUUCAGGCUCUUUUGGUAUCCAACCUCAACAUUCUACCCAAAGCUUCUCUCCUUUUGGUACUACAAACUCCAACAAUGGUGCAAUAAGUGCUCAGCAGAAUCCGUUUUCAACUCCAGCCAGCUUACCACAGACAGGAAAUGGGGCGGGUAAACAGUUAAAUUUUUUCACCAAUGAACCAAUUUCAGCUUCCAGUGGCAUUGGAUUGACCAACACCACCACCCAGUUGAUCAACAACAUUCCAACAGAAAACACUAAUGUGGAUGCUGGCAUUUGGACAAAAGUUGAAUGGAAUGUCGGCGAGAUCCCAGAAGAAGAGCCUCCGACGAUCUACAUUAACUAGAAUUGAGAGAGCGGAGUUUUGGCAGCAGAUGUAAGUGUGCAACUGUUAUAUCACCACAAUUUUAUGUUGGGAACGGAGAUCUCAUUUUGAUCUACUUACUCGUUUGUGUUUGUUUU